CAGGGAUGAUGAUGACAUUAACGAUGUGGCGUCCAUGGCGGGGGUGAACCUGAAUGAAGAGAGCGCUCGUAUCCUGGCAACCAACUCUGAGCUGGUGGGGACACACAUCCGCUCCUGUAAAGAUGAGGCCUUCCUUCACCCGGCCUGUUACACAGACGCAUCCUGGAGACAGCUAAGAAGUUUGGCGUGUCAGAGGUUCCUAUGGAGGCUGUGAACUUCAUCUCCCACGCUACCCAGUCCCGACUCCGCACUGUGCUGGAGAAGGUCUCCUCCAUCGCACAGCACAGGAUGGACGGUGGUAAAGAUGAGGAGUGGUUUGAGCAGUCGGCAGACGUGCGGUCGCAACUAAAGUUCUUUGAGCAGCUGGAGAGGAUAGAGAAGCAGAGGAAGGAUGAACAGGAGAGAGAGAUCCUACUCAAAGCAGCUAAAAUGCAGCAACAGGAAAUGGCCCUGGUGAGGCAACGAGACGCGAACCUGACCGCGCUAGCUGCCAUCGGACCUCGGAAGAAACGCAAGGUGGACUCGCCAGGGGCCACGCCGUCAGGGACCGAGGUAUCAGGCAGCUCAGUGGGGUCGCCGGGCGCCUCCUCCUCCCCCUCCACGUCGUCACAGCGGCAACGUCAACGCAUCACCCGCGUCAACCUCAGGGACUUCAUCUUCUACAUGGAGCAGGAGAGAGAGACAGCCCACUCACUUCUGCUCUACCGGGCUCUGCUCAAGUAGCACCCUCUCCCUCCCAGCACCCUCCUCUCUCUUCCUUACCAUCUCCUUCUACCCCUGCAACGUGCCUUCAAUCGGGUCAGAUGUUUCAGCUCAGUGUUUGUUGUGAUAUUGAUAUUAACGUAGCUUUUGAUAUAAAGGCGAGAGAAAAAACUCACUAAAAUAUAUUGUAUGUGUCUUUAUCUGUUUUAGUUUCAUGAUAAAUACACUGAGUACCAAACAUUAAGAACACCUUCCUAAUAUUUCCCUUUUGCCUUUUGCCCCCAGAACAGCCUCAGUUCAGACUCUACAAGUUGAUGAAAGUGUUCCACAGGGAUGCUGGCCCAUGUUGACUCCAAUGCUUCCCACAGUUGUCAAGUUGGCUGGAUGUCCUUUGGGUGGUGGACCAUUCUUUAUACACACAGGAAACUGUUGAGCGUGAAAAACCCAGCAGUGGUGCAGUUCUUGACACAAACCGCUGCGCCUGGCACCUACUGCCAUACCCCAUUCAAAGGCAUUUACAUCUUUUGUCUUGAUCAUUCACCCUCUGAAUGGCACACAUAUGCAAUCCAUGUCUCAGAAAUCCUUCUUUAACCUGUCUCCUCCCCUUCAUCUACACUGAUUAAAGUGGAUUUAACAGGUGACAUCAAUAAGGGAUCAUAGCUUUCACCUGCAGUCUCCUGGUCAGUCUAUGUCAUGGAAAGAGUAGGUGUCCUUAAUGUUUUGUACACUCAGUGUAUAUGUAUUUAGUGUUGACUUUAAGGCCAUGGUGAUGCAAACUCCUUGGGUAUUAUUGGGACUGGGUUUUUAAGGAGAAAUGGGUUUUUGUGUCUAAGGACCUGAGCCAGUACUUUUUCCAUGUCAGUUGUAAAUUUGAUGUCCCAGGCGAAAUACUGAAUGAACCAUCUCAAAGUGAUUUUCUUAAAAAAAAAUCAUAUUCUGAACUUAAUACAGCCUACAGUAUUCUCUAGAAUUUAUUUGUUGAACAAAGUUCAGUGAAUAUGGUCACACAAAACUAACAAGUCAUAGAGUGGUCUGAUUCUUUAUACCAGAAACUUACCAGAGCAGCUUUUUGGAAAGUUUAUAUUCAGACAAUGGAUUACAGCAUAACAGAAAUCAAGCUCUUUAAAUGUAAAUAGUCAUUUUGAAUACUUUUAAAUAGCAUGUAUGAUAUUUUUACCACAUGUAAUGUUAAUUACUCAGUACUGAGAUUUUCUGUAAAAUCAUGUGCAUUGAAAUUUGUUAUGAUUAGAAUGUUAUUUUGUUUGGAUCCCCAUUAUCUGACGCCAUGACGACAGCUAGUCUACCUGGGGUCCGACACAAAAUGAAAAAGACAUUACAGACAAAAAUAGUUUGUAAUUUACAUACAGUACAAUUAAAAACCAUGAACAAAUGGAAAAUACCUGAAAGGUAACAUUUAACUGUCAAUAAGCAAAUUGUAUUCUUUGUAUUCUUUCACUUUAUAAACUUUAUUUCAAUACAAUGCAGAAAGUCUUAUCCAAUCCAACAGGUCAAUAAUAUAACAAUGGUCAGAGUUACCACAGUCCACCAAUAUGGUGGAUUCUGGCCAGUCACCCUCAUUGAGCAAGGCACAGUAGUCUCUCUCUGUACCCACAUUUACGGAGAGAUAAUUUUUUUCUAGAUGUCCCUGUAGAAUUUAGAUGUUGGCCAUCUGUCUCGUUGUUUGUGCCCAUUUCCACAAUACUUUAGGUUGUCUGAAGAACCUAUUCUGUGAAGCCAGGCCCAUACCCUCAGCAGACGCCCAGAGUGCAGUAAGGUCGUUCGACAAGCAGCUCCCAUCUUAGGGUUUCCUCUGUUUCACUUCAAGACUAUUAACAAAACAUAUCAGACGUGUGAGCAGCUGGACAGUUGUUGAAGUACAGUUUUGAGAAUUAUUCCUUUAAGCCUAAUAUUGACAUUGCAAUGUUUUUAGAGUUGUAUGUUUUUAUGUUCUCUCUAGAACAAGAGAUGGCAGGUGACUGCCUCUCUGUCAGUAGCUAUAGAUCCUUGUCAUUAGGGUCCAACUCUGCAAGGCCUCAGUGUUGUCACCUGUUUCUGACCAUCCUCUUAUUAACAUGGCCUUUCUCUUAUUGGUUAGUUUUGAAUAGCCUCUAUGCAGCUUGUCUUGUGUCGCUUUGUCAUUUAUUUGUUGAAUGGGCAAAAUUUUAAAUGAAUGUUCAUUGAAGUUCUUUCUAACAGCACUAUUAUAUACAGUUUUUUAUUACUUAUACAAUGAGAAAAAAACAGAACGCUGUGUUACCAAUGUAUAGAAAGAAAUAGUUCCUGUUUCUUAAGCAUCAAACAGUAUUGUCAGUUGGUGUUGAAAGGGAAAUGUAUUUUUUAACUAUUUAUAUAUUUUUCUUUUUAGUUAUUUUUUCAUUGGAAUUUCAUUCGCCACAUUUUAGGCAAUGCCAUUUUAUCUCACAAGUACUUAUAGUUGAAAAAAUGUAAAUGUAAAAGCACAAAAAUACCUAUUUGUUCAGUGGUUAUUAAUAUUUUAAUAAUUAUUUGUAUGAUUUCUGAUAAAUUAACAGGAGAACAUUUCUACUACUUCAGCUUUUUAGCCAAAAUAUAAGGAUUACUGAUGUACCCAGUUGGAAGAUGUUUUAAUGUAUGGAUAAUUUGUAAAUAUUGUUUACAGGACCAUGUGUUUAUUAGGACUAUGUUAUUUUUGGUAAACUCUGUACAUAUCCUGAAAAUGUCCUGUUUGUGUGAAAAACAUACUUCUGUAUUUGUACCUAUUUUGUAAAGGAAUAAAUAAACUGUUUACUAAACUAAGCAGACACAUA